CCUGGCCUGUCCCUGUGCUGUCCCGUCUCCCUGGCCUGGCCCCUCUCCUGUCCCCUGUCCCCGUUGCCACCUCCUCAGAGCAGCACCGGCCGCACCCCCCGAGUCUCUGCAGCGCUUGGGUGUCCCUGGGCUGUCCCUGCCCACCAUGGAUCUGCUGUCCCUGCUGCUGCUGCUGCUGCUGGCAGCGGCCCCGGCCCCCGGCGCCCGCCGCCGGGAGCGCGACAGCGACAUCAGGGAGAUUGCGCUGGGCAUGGCCCCCAACUCCUUCGAUGACCAGUACCAGCGCUGCCGCCUCAAAAUGCUGCGGGCGCUGCCGGCGCUCAACCGCUCCGAGUUUGGCCGGAACAGCGCCUACGCCGAGGCCUGGGCCAAGGCCGCGGCCCACUGGCGCAGCCGGGCCUGGGCGGGCUCCAGCCGGGAUGAACCGGGCUCCAGCCGGGCCUGGGCAGGUUCCAGCCAGGCCUGGGUGGGCUCCAGCCGGGCUGAACCGGGCUCUAGCCAGGCCAAACCAGACUCCAGCCAGGCUGAACCGGGCUCCAGCCCAGGUUCCAGACGGGCAGAGCUGGGUUCCAGCCGGGCCUGGGUGGGCUCCAGCCAGGCCUGGGCAGGUUCUAGCCGGGCCUGGCUGGGCUCCAGCUGGGACGAACCGGGUUCCAGCCAAGAUGAACCGGGUUCCAGCCAGGCCUGGGUGGGCUCCAGCCGGGAUGAACCAGGUUCCAGGCAGGCCGAGCUGGGUUCCAGCCAAGAUGGGCUGAGCUCCAGCCAGGCCUGGCCAGGUUCUAGCCAGGCCUGGCCAGGUUCCAGCUGGGCUGAACCGGGUUCCAGCUGGGCCUGGGUGGGCUCCAGCCGGGCUGAGCCGGGCUCCAAACAGGCCUGGUUGAGUUCCAGCCGAACUGGGCCAGGUUCCAGCCGGGCCAAACCGGGCUCCAGCUGGAUUGGACCGGGCUUCAGCCAGGUUGGGCCGGGCUCCAGCCAGGCUGAACUGGGCCCCAGACCGAGUUCCAGCUCGGGUUCCAGCCGGGCCUGGUCAGGUUCUAGCCGGGCCUGGUCAGGUUCCAGCCCAGGUUCCAGCUGGGCCUGGUCAGGUUCCAGCCAGGCCGGGCCAAGCUCCAGCUGUGGCUCCAGCAGGACCAAGCCACGCUCGCUGCUGCGGCCAGAGCAGGCCAUCGCCCUGCUGGCCUACACCAUGGAAGAGCGCUUGUACGUGGAGUUCAACAGGGCCUCGCGCAAGAUGGGGCGCACCCGCCGGGAGUACCUGAAAAAUUUCCACUUCAAGGUGCUGCAUUUCCUGCUGACCGAGGCGCUGAGGGCCCUGCGGGGCGCCCAGAGCCACCCGCGGUGCCUGCACGUGUUCCGCGGCGUCAACAGGAUCCGCUUCACCGCCCGGCCCGGGCAGAUCGUGCGCCUGGGCCAGUUCGCCUCCUCCUCCCUGCUGAGGAACGUCAGCGACUUCUACGGCACCACCACCACCUUUGAGGUGCUCACCUGCCACGGCGCCGACAUCCGCCGCUACUCCACCUACCCCGAGGAGGAGGAGGUGCUCAUCCCGCCCUACGAGACCUUCAACGUCACCGGAGUCACCUGGCAAGGGGACGAGGUCCUCAUCCAGCUGCGCUCGCACGGCGUGCACAGCAAAUACAACUGCGCCUGGUUCCGAGAAGCGUCCCCAGAGCCCCCCCAGGCCUCACUGGGCUCCUCCUGGCAGCACUGGCAGCUGUCACUGGCCCCCCCUGAGCCAUGAGGCCACCGUGCCUGGUGAAGACAAUGAGCCAGGGAUGGAACCUCUGGUGUCACCAGGAAGGCAGAACUGGCUGGGGAGGCAGAGAGGCCCCUGCAGGGUGGACACUGGAACAGCCCUGUGGCCACCCUCCCUGAGUCAUGGCUGGGGUGCAGGGUGCAGCUCCCAGGGAUUGGAGGAAGUGGCACAGCAGGGAUUUUCUUCUCCUUUUGGAUUUUUUCUCCUUUCCCAUAAUUUUCUUUGAAAUUAUUAAACUGGUUCUUAGUUCAUG